CAGCCGUCAAUGCGUCUUUUCCCUUUCUAUUUUCUUCACGCCACCAAACCAAACCAGACCGCUCAAGACGCCUUACUAAGAUGUGCAGGCUCGUUAUCGGGACCCACGAUGACCGACUCGACGGGUCUCCGGCAACCUCGGCGACUCGCGAGUGCUCAGGGGAAUAACGAUGUGCUCCGCCGAAAUGUUUGACGGAAGCUUUCUCUAGCUUCUAGCCUGAUUUGCGACGCGUCUUCGAUGCAUAUAUAAGUUCAUCUGCCGUCUUGGCCUUUGUGAGGUGUCAUUCUGCGCCGUAGAUCUUACCUCAUUGGACCCUGAACCCUUACUUUGAUCCUCAACUCUAAUAAUUCCUACCGCAUCAAUGGCUUCACUACCAUCCAACUACGGCGACCGCCCGGUCGCUGUACUCGGCGGCGGCGUACUUGGACGUCGCAUUGCCUGCACAUGGGCAUCCGGCGGCUACAACGUCCAAGUCCGCGAACCUGAAUCCAAGCAACACCAGCCCUGCCUAGACUACGUCAAGCAAAAUGUCGACACAUACCCAGCUUCAGGCCGUAAGCGCCCCGGAACCGUCAAAGUCUUUACCGAUCUCGAGACCUCCGUCGCAAACGCCUGGCUCGUCAUCGAAGCCGUCCCAGAACGGAUCCAGAUCAAGACGGACACCUUUGCGGACCUAGAAGCCCACGCGCCUGCGGAUGCCAUCCUCUCCAGCAACUCGUCGUCAUACAGAUCCUCAGAAAUGCUCGAAAAAGUGAGGGAUGAGACAAAGACGCGCAUUAUGAACACGCAUUACUACAUGCCUCCACACAACAUGGUUGUCGAGCUGAUGACGGACGGAUUCACGAACCCUGAGAUCUUCCCGUUCAUGACGGAGAGGCAGAAGGAGGUUGGAACGAGGCCGUUUACUGCGCGCAAGGAAUCCACUGGAUUUGUAUUCAAUCGAUUGUGGGCUGCGAUUAAGAGAGAGACAUUAUCGAUCCUUGCUGAGGGCGUGUCGAGUCCUGAGGAGAUUGAUACUCUUUUCUACGAGCUCAGCAAGCACGGCAAGGGCCCUUGCACGAUGAUGGACGAGGUCGGCCUCGAUACCGUCGCCUUCAUCGAAGACCACUACGUCAAGGAGCGCGGCCUGUCUCCCGAAAACACUGUCGACUUCCUGCAACGCGAGUACAUCUCCAAGGGCCGCCUCGGCAACAAGUCAACAAAGGGUGGUCUCUACCCCCACCUCCCCAAGAUCGUCGCCCUCGAUCUCGGCUUAGCGAACGAGAACGACGCCUCAACCUCCGGACAGGUCCUCCAGCUCUCAUCGGAGGGCAAGCUAGAGCGCGUCCUCGUCGACCGGCAACACGUGCCCGACGGCAUCGACAUUGACGCCAACGACACCCAGCGCAUGAUCUGGACGUGCAUGGGAACGCCAGGCAAGCAAGACGGCGCCGUCCUCUCUUCAAACCUCGACGGCACCGACGUCAAGUCCCUCUUCGAGCCCGGCACCAUCAACACCCCGAAACAACUCGUCAUCGAGCCCGUCUUCAAGAAGAUCUACUUCUGCGACCGCGAAGGCAUGAAAGUCUACCGCGCCAACCUCGACGGGAGCGACCUCGAGACCCUCAUCAUCGGCGGCACCGAUGCCUCGGACCUGAAGACGUGGUGCGUCGGCAUCUCUGUCGCGCCGAAGCUGGGCAAGUUCUACUGGACGCAAAAGGGCGCGCCCAAGUCUGGUCAAGGCCGCAUCUUCUGCGCAAAUAUCAACAUGCCGGCGGGCAAGACGGCUGAGACGAGAGAGGAUGUCGAGUGUUUCCUUGGCGACUUGCCGGAGCCCAUUGAUCUGGAGGUUGAUGAGGAGACGCAUACUAUUUUCUGGACUGAUCGUGGCGAGAUCCCCAAGGGCAACACGCUCAACCGGGCCAACCUCGAUCCUAUGACGGGUUUGCUGUUGCUAUCUGAGGGAUCCAAGAAGUAUGAGAUUUUGGUGAGACACCUCAAUGAGGCGAUUGGUGUCAAGUUGGACCAGGAGAAUGGGCACGUUUACUUCAGCGAUCUUGGCGGCAGCAUCUACCGCUGCAAUGUGGAUGGAUCGGAGAAGAAGAAGAUCUUCUCUGAUGAUAACCGCACUAUUUCUGGCAUUGCUGUUCUUCGGAUUUAGACCUGAGAGUCUGAGUGGGAUAGAUAGUGGAUGAUUUAGAUGGCGUUUGGGGUCAUAGGAGUUGUCGUGGCGAGAAUUGUGUAUAGAAGCUAUAGAUCGAUAUCCGGGCAUGGGCGGCGAUCUCGUCAAUUGGAU